AUGGAUUCUACUACUCCUUGGUUUGUAAUUGGAGAUUUUAACUGUGUUCUUCGCAAUGAUGAGAAGAAGGGUGGUAGAGAUGUUCUUACUUCUAGUAUUAAUGAAUUCAGUGACUGGACGGAAGAGAAUGGUGUUUUUGAGGCAGAUUCAUUGGGUUCUAAGUUCACUUGGACUAAUGGCCAAUCGGGGGUGAGAAGAAUUAUUAGCAAGCCGAGACGUGCUCCUUUCAGAAUUCAGAAAAUGUGGUUUACGCAUCUUGAUUUUUUGAGAAUGGUUGAGACUUCUUGGAAUGCUCCGGUGUAUGGUAAUCCGGAUUUUAUUUUUCCUUUCAAGCUGAAGAGAUUGAAGGUAGCUAUGAAGGUGUGGAAUCAACAGGUGUUUGGUAAUGUGAAUGCAAGACUCAAACAGGCUCAAUUGAAGUUUGAAGUGGCUAGUAGGAAUUCGCAUGAGGACCCUUUUGACAUUUCUAAGCAGAAUGAGGUGAAGGAUGCGCUUGUGGCUGUUCAGGAGGUGCGUAUGCAGCAGCAUAUUAUGUUGAAACAAAAAUCUCGCAACAAAUGGAUCUUGGAGGGUUCUAGCAAUACUUCAUAUUUCCAUAGUACUAUUAAUACUCGUAGAAGUGUCAAUACAAUUUUGGAGUUGGUGACAGAUGAUGGGUCCCUUAUCAUUGAUCCGGACCAAUUAAGAGACCAUGUUGUUUCUUAUUAUGAGAGUAUAUUUAAUGGAGUAGAUACGCAGAUUGAGGAUAGGUUGUUUGAGUAUGAACAUAAUUCUAUUUCUCUCGAGGAAAGACAUAUGUUGGAUAUUAUUCCUUCUUUGGAGGAAAUUAAGGUGGCGGUGUUUGAUUUGGGUGCGGAUAGUGCUCCAGGUCCGGGUGGUUUCUCGGGGUGUUUUUAUAGACAUUGUUGGGAUUUAAUUCAUCAAGACCUAGCUAAGGCUAUUAUUUUUUGCUGGAACAACAAAACUAUUCCUAAUGGGGCUAAUUCUAGUCUCAUUCUUUUGCUUGCUAAGGGUAAUAUGAUGAGUCUAAUUAACUUAGUGAAGCUCCUGGGUGAUUAUCAACAAGCUUCUGGUCAGCGAGUUUGCAGGGAGAAGAGCAAAAUUUAUUUUGGAGGUGGGUCUUUGCAUAGGAGACAGUCUAUUGUAGACUUCUUAGGCAUGGGAACCAUUUAG